AUGUCGGACGGACUCAAUCAAGCUCGUGCGAUGCGAGUCGCCGAGAUUAUCAACGAUUAUCGCACUCUUCUGCUACAUAUUUCGCAACAAAGCGUCGAGCCAUCUCAAGAAGAAUACUGGGAGGAAGGCUUCGUGGUGCUCCGCGAGUCCCUGGCCUCCGCCCAGAGCCUAAUGUCUGCCAAUUACCAGCCCUGUCCGGUGACCGGGCAAGGGAACGUCGAGACGGAGAAGGCCGAACUUCAAAGAGUUAUACUUGACAGCAGCGCACGCCGAUUCCAAGCCCACAAAAUAUACUUGCGCGCCGCUGCAGCCCGGCGAUGGGCCAUGGCCCGCGCCAAUACUUUGCGCGGCCAAAGCCCAACAGCACAGCAUACCACAGCUUUGAAGAAUGCUGCCAAUGCACUUUAUCAAGACCUGGCUCGAUUCACGGACGAUUACGCUGUCUCUGAUCUCCGAGCUGCCGAUGUGCGGGCGGGUCACUGGCUUGAUGAUGAUCCUUCUUUGGAAGCCAUCCGUCGCUGGGUCGGGGGCCGGUAA